GAAAGGUUGUUGGAUUCUGUUGACGUGAUACAGAUUUUUUCAUUCUUUUGGCAGUCUCUUUACUAUAUUAGCUAUAGUUCCAUUGCCGAUGUUCGUACUUAUUGCCAUGACCAAUGACUUUUCCAUCAAUUGAACACUGCGGAGUUGAUUUCUGUGUUACUUAAACUAGAGCUGAACUUUGUUUUCUUUGGGUAUAACCUCCAUACUAUACUUGACUAUUCGUUUAGAAUGGCUACAAGUGAAGUGUCAAACAAUGUUCACGAUCAUGGGACUCCUGUUGAUGAAAAAAAGAAGCGAGUUAGAUGCAACUACUGUUCCAAAGAAGUGAGUGGUUUCAGCCGCCUUAAGCAGCACUUAGGAGGCAUACGUGGCGAUGUUCUACCAUGUCAAGAAGUGUCCUUAGAUGUAAAGGUUCAAAUGAGAAACAGCUUACUUGCAAGAAAGAAAGGAGAUCUGAGUAGGGAAGUUGACACACUUUACCACCCGGAUCUACCAUGGAGGAGGAACUGGUGUCCUAAGACUACCAGUGACAACCAUUGCCAAGGUGAAUCUGCCCAGAACAGUGUUUUGGGAAAGAGACAGCAUGUAUCAAUGGACUCUGUGCAUGAGGAAGGUCCAGAAGAGGUUAUCCACAGAAGGGGGGAUUCAUUUCCAGUUACUAAGAGCGAAGAUGGAACACAGAACUUGUCAAGGAAUGCUCAGAGGUCCAUUGGCAGAUUCUUUUAUGAAACUGGAGUUGAUUUCAGUGUAGCCGAAUCGCCUAGCUUCCAGAGAAUGAUAAAUGAUAUUCUAGGUAGUGGUGUUAUUGCCUAUAGUAUGCCCAGUUCUCAGGAACUUAAAGGGUGGAUCCUUUGGGAGGAGGUAAAAGAGAUUCGCCAGUAUGUGAAGGAGGUCAGACGUUCAUGGGGAAGUACAGGGUGUAGCAUCUUGUUGGAUGGCUGGACUGAUGAGAAGGGCCGGAACCUGAUUAACUUUAUUGUGGAUUGUCCACGUGGCCCUAUCUUUCUGAGAUCUGCCAAUAUUUCAGGUUCUGUUGGGGAUGUAAAUGCUUUACAGUCAAUAAUUGAUAAAAUUAUAGAGGAAGUCGGGUUGGAGAAUGUGGUUCAAAUUGUCACGUACACUACAUCAGGUUGUAUGGAGGAUCUUGGCAAACUGUUGAUGGAGAAAUACAGGACUAUAUUUUGGACUGUAUGUGCAUCUCAUUGCAUAGACCUGAUGAUAGAGAAGAUUGGGAGGAUGUUUCCCAUUAAAGAAGUAUUGGGCAAGGCAAAAAUUAUUACAAAGUUUGUUUACAGUCAUGGAACCAUUUUGAUGCUUAUGAGACACCAUACUUAUGGGCAAGACCUAGUUAAGACCUCCAGGUUCAAAUCUGCAAUGCCCUUUUUAACAUUAGAGAGUAUUGUAUCUCAAAAGGAGAAUUUAAAGAAUAUGUUCACUUCGUCUGCAUGGGAAACUUCGAUUUGGGCUUCUAAAAGUGAAGGAAAGAGGCUAGCUAAAUUGGUGGAGGACCCUUCGUUCUGGAGUGAUGCUAGGAUGGCUUUGAAAGCAGCUGUUCCGCUUUUGCGUGUUCUGUCUCUGAUUGAUGGAAGAGAUCAUAAACCCCAAGUGGGUUACAUAUAUGAAACAAUGGAUCAAGCUAAGGAGACAAUAAAAGAAGAGUUUAAAGGCAAGAAAACAAUGUAUAAGCCUUUCUGGGAACUUAUUGAUGGGGUUUGGGACAACCAUCUUCAUAGCCCUCUCCAUUCAGCAGGUUACUUUCUGAACCCAAGUCUCUUUUACUCAAGUGAUUUCUUUGCUGAUGCUGAGGUGGCCAGUGGGCUUUUGUGCUGUAUUGUCCGUAUGGUGGAGGAUCGAAAUAUCCAGGAUUUAAUAACAUUGCAGCUGGAUGAGUAUCGAGCUGCUAGGGGUCCAUUUGGUCAGGGGAGCGCUAUUGAUCAAAGAACAAAGAUCUCUCCAGCUUUGUGGUGGUCCUCUUUUGGAGGGAAUUGCCCUGAACUACAGAAAGUUGCCAUCCGAAUUCUAAGUCAGACAUGUACUGGUGCAUUGAGAUAUGAGCUGAAGAGGGAUUUGCCUGAGAAGCUGCACACAAAUGGAAGGAACCGUAUAGAGCAAAGGCGAUUGGAUGAUCUGAUAUUUGUUCAUUAUAAUCUCCGGUUGCAGAAUUUCAUCUCAGUCCCAAAUGGGGAUAACAGUAAUAUUGUGGUUGAUGAGGUUGACCCAAUGAAUGAUUGGAUUGUGGAGGGGACUCAAAAUAUAGCUUCUCAAAUUAAUGAUUCAGCUUGGAUGGAUUUUGAUUUUGGGGACAGGGACCUCCCCCCAAGUUCCAUUAACGAGGAAGAACCUUCUAGUUUUCAACCGAAAGAAGAAUUUUGAUAGCGUGGUAUUGAAAAUGGUCAAAGGGACAGGACUUAUAUGGUUAAC